ACCACAGCACUACCAGACGCUGAGCCACCAUCAACAGCAGCAGCAGCAGCAGCAACAGCAGCAGCUGCAGAUGCAGCACCUACAGCGCGUACUGCAGGAUCCGGCGGCUGCUGCGGCCGCCGCCCACCAUCUGCAGAUGCAUCAUGCCGCGCAGACGAUGACCAUUAACCGGAAGCUGCACGGGGCGGCCGGUGCUCACACGCAUCCGCAUCCGUCCGCAGCAGUAGCCCAGAUGCAGCAGCAGCAGCAGCAGUCCGUCGUACCGUCGCCCGUGUACGGCGAUGACAAUCCGCCCCCGUUGCCCCCGUUGCGCAACCCGCAGAAGGCGCUGCCCACAGCCGUGUCCACGGUGGCUGCGACGACGGCUGUCGCGGAUGCGGAGUCAUCUGCCGCAGAUCGGCAAAGCUACAUCUACUCUACGGCCAAAUACGGCGGUGGUAAGGGUCCUCAGUCCGGUUCGGUGAAGCAGCCGCAGCAGCAGCAGCAGCAGCAACAGCCCCCGGUGACAUCGGCGGCGUCCAAGAACCCCAACACGACCACGUUCUGCUCGACGCCGGCCUCCAACAGUAAACCGCUACCGUCGAUCAUCAACUGUCCGCUUCCGGACAUCCCGAAGACGCCAGCCUCCGCCAAGGACGACAUCUACGUCCGGCGGAAGCUGCUGACCGAUCACCAUCCCCACCACCACCACCACCAUCCGGCGGCCGGUGCUGGGGGGAAGUUCGCCACCCUCAAGCCCAUUCCGGCACCGAAGAUUGAACCGGCGAAGGUCGCACUGAACGGUGGUGGUGGUGCCAAGUACGGUGGUGGUACGUCCGGGAUGGAUGAAGCGGCGGCGGCGGCUGCCGCCAGUCAGCUGCUGCCACCGCCACCUCCGCCUCCACCACCGGUGACGGCAGGAGCGGCGGGUGGUGCCGGUACGGCUACGUGCGGUUCCAGCUCGGGUGGCUCGUCCGGUUCGUCCGGUUACGGGACGGCCGGUCUCACCACCUCGCAGAUCCAGUCGCUUCCGCUACCACCGCCACCGCUCGAGGUGCUGCAGCAGCAGCAGCAGCAGCAGCAGCAACACCCGCACCACCAGGAGCACGGUGGCGAGCUGGAUGAGGAAAGUUCGCUGGCCGCGGCACGGUUACCACCACCACCGACCACCGAGGAGCUGCAGCAGAAUGGUUGCGCAGCGACGGCCAGCGACCACAGCGACAAGCCAACCGAACACGAUGACAACAACUUCUACGCCGUCACCGAGCUGUAGGUAGCCGGACGGCAAGGAGUAGAAGCAGCAGCACAACAGCAGGGAAUGAGGAGGAGGAGGAGGAGGAGUUCCUCACAAACUCACAGUUUGCUCUCGCGAAGAGCCUCUUAGGUCCGUGUCCUGUGUACACGCGAUCAUCACUCAGUUCCAGUGGCCCGAGGAGGAGGAAGGAACGAUUAGAAGGAAGGCACCCCCCGUCUCGCUAUCUCUCUUUCUCUCUCUUCCUCUCUCUCUCUCUCUCUCUCUCUAU